AUGUAUCAGAAUAAGAUUCAUCUGUUUACUUUCACCGAUAAUAUUAAUCCCGGCCGAAGCUCUGAGCUGCGCCACGCCUAUCCGAUUGCUCACACAUUCAAGCGAAUCGUCGUCAUGCAGAGGGAAGAACGUGAACUCACCGAUCUUGAUGAACCUUCUCUUGGAGCCAUGACGUGUGUUCAAAUCGAAGACUCGACGAAGCCGCCUGGUACCAAUUCAACAAUUUCACGCUCGAGCACCACCGAAGAGACGUUUUGCACCGGUUGCGGUUACAUGAUUUUCGACAAAUACAUCUACAAGGUAAUGGACGAUUGCUAUCAUGAAAGCUGCCUUCGUUGCUCGGCUUGCCAGCAGCAACUCGGAGCAAAUCCAACAUGCUAUGCUCGUCAUGGACAAGUCUAUUGUGCCGACGAUCAUCAGUUAUUGUUCGGGAAGCGAUGCAGACGUUGCCGCUAUCCAUUGCAAACCAAGGAUAUUGUCUACAAGGUUCACUUCAUGACUUAUCAUGCUCAUUGUUUUUCGUGUGCUUGCUGCCAAAAGCCGUUCACCAAGGGAGACGAAUACUAUUUCCUUGAGACUGAAAUUCUUUGCGCCCAAGAUUACCAAAACAAUGCAUAUCACUUGCAUGCAGCUUCGGUGGAUAACACUUCAAUUUAUGACGAAUCUUCAAGAUCGGAACACCAUCGCAAAACUCCAAAGAGACCGCGCACUAUUCUCAAUGCUCUUCAGCGGAAACAAUUCAAGGCUGCUUUCGAGAAAAGCUCGAAACCAAGCCGAAAGGUUCGUGAGCAAUUGGCCAAGGAAACUGGCCUAAGCGUUCGCGUUGUUCAAGUUUGGUUCCAAAACCAAAGAGCCAAGAUGAAGAAAAUGGUCAAGAAAGGCGAUUGCUCGAAGAGUGAGCGAAGCGAGGAACGAAGCACUGAAGAGAAUCGCAGCUCCGACGACGAGUCCUUAUUUAACAUGGAUUCUGAUGAGAUCGAGGAAAAAUCAACUCUGCUCAAUUUGUCUAGCAGCUUGCCAACCAGCUUGCCUAAUAGCUUGCCAAACAAUUUGUCAAGCAAUAUGACUAACGAUAUGUCGAAUCCAAUUCAGAAGCUUUACCACAUGACCGCUUCUCAAAUCUAUUUUCCGUACACCGCGUGA